GAUAGAGGUUUUGUGUGACGAAAAAAAAGUCACCUUGGAUGAUUCUGUCGAGACGAUAGUACACAUCAUCAUGGAUCUUGCAGCACGAAAAAGAAAAGAAGAACCAAAGUCGUCUUCUUCUGAUUUUGCUGAAAAAUUAAGCAUGGAAAAAGAAGACUCCUUGGAACUAACUGAAACAGGAGAAGUGAUGGAGGAAGUCUCGAAAGUAAUAAGAAAAUUUGAUGAAGCCAAAAUUGAUAACGAUAAAUAUACGUGGGAGAGCGAAUCCGUGAAAGAUGACGAUGAUGAUGAAAAAACUACAAAGUGUUCGGAUAUCUUCGUCUAUAUUUUUUACAAACUGCCAUCGGCGAUAUUUUCAUGCUGGAAAAGAAAAAAAAUAAAUGCUUCAUAAUGAAAAAAAAGAAACUAAGCUGUUGCAUUUUCCUUCUUUUUAUUUCUCUAUAUUUUAAAAAUAUCUGAUUUUAAGAAGCGUUUCCUGUAAUUAUUCUGAAAUUCAAUCUAAGUUAAAGUAUUCAUUCCAUACUGUUUAAGAAUUUUCACGGAUUUGUGAUUUUUCAUUGCGUGUGUUACCGGUGAAUUGCGGAAUGAAAUUUGAAAAGAAGAGCAGUUGCUGAAAUACUACAACAGCAUUGAUUAUAAGAAAAAAAACCUUUAAAAUCAAUGAUAGCGGUGACGCUUAAU